AUGCAGAAGGUAGCCCAGAGUGCCCUUUGGAGUUUCACCAUAAGUGAUGGGCCACUGGUUGUGAAGAAUUGCAUUGACCUGGAGCUAUUAAAUGGUUGGUACCUGGGCUCAUGGCUGGACAUGGGAGGUGGCCCAGCUGACACUGGCCACCUGGAGAAUGAGGUGGAGUGGCAGAGCCCUGACGCUCAGCUGGAGCACCGAGAGCCUGUCUUCCACACGGCUCAGAAUACAAGAGAAGUUUCUUCACUCGAGGUCAAAGGUGACACAUGCCUUAUAAACACCUCCCUGGCUCAGGGCUCCUCACCAGUACUGCUGCCUCCACACUUCUGUGCAUUGAGGGGUGAGUGUGAAGUUAGGGAGAUGACGAAGCUGGAAGACCACCUGGAGGGAAUCAUCAACAUCUUCCACCAUUACUCCAUUCGGGUGGGGCAUUAUGACACCCUCAGCAAGCGUGAGCUGAUGCAGCUGAUCACAAAGGAACUUCCAAAUGCCCUCAAGAACACCAAAGACCAACCUUCCAUUGACAAAGUAUUCCAAGAGCUGGAUGCUGAUAAAGAUGGACAGGUCACCUUUGAGGAAUUCAUAGUCUUGGUGUCCAGGGUGCUGCAGACUGCUCAUGAGGCUAUCCACCAAGAGUAGAAGCUCUGAUGGGCUCUUCCAGCAAUGUCCCCAAGAAGACUUUCCCUCCUCCUCACCGAAGUCUGCCUUGCCUGAAGGAAGCGAGAGUUAAUAAAAGUACCCUUGAACCGUU